CAAUGACAUCCAUUUUGGAAACAUCUUGGUGGACAGUGAAGGUGUACAACUGAAGUUAAUUGACUUUGGGAUUGGCCAUCUAAUCAAUGACGCUGCAUACAAAUCCAAAGGACAUAAAGGAGCACCUGAGGAAUACUCGGAGUUCAUACACAGGGUCAUGCCAAAAAACGUCUUGGACUUAGGUUCUGUGCUAUAUAAGAUGCUGCACGGAAAAAAGCCCCUUCUUUGGACCCCAAUUAUGGACCCCACUUUAACCAAGAGACACAGCAAAGAACCUUGCACUCCUAUCUUGGGAAAGAGACACAAUGCACUACACAAAAGGCAGCCGAACUGAGCAAAAGGAUUUUGAGAGUGAUUGUCAAAGACAUGUCUCUUGUUGAGGGUAAAGCCUUCAUAGACAUGAUCGAAUAUGCCUGCCCAGGCUUCAAAUGUCCCUCCAGUUGGUGGUUCACAAAGCAAUUGGAGAAGGCAUAUCAACAUGCUAUUGAAUAUCUGAAGAAAAACCUACAGUCCUCAAAAAUCACCCUCACCACCGAUGCAAGUAUUGCCAUUGAGGCAUACCUCAGAAUGACCUGCCAUUACAUCAAUGACAACUGGAAGAUGGUCUCAUUCGUUUUGUGCACAAAGCCCCUUGAGGACUGACAUACUGCAGAAAACAUAGCUCGCUGGUUUGAAGAGGUUGCCAAGAAGUUUGACUUCUCUCUCUGUGAUGAUGUCCAGGCGAUUGUCCACGAUAAUGCAGCUAAUGUGGUGAAAGCUCUUAGAAUCCUUGAGGAGAGGCAUGACAUUGCCUCACUUCGAUGUGCUGGCCAUACCACCCAGUUGAUUGUAAACCAUGCUCUGAAAGAUCCCCGGAUUAACAAGGCACUUGGGGCAGCAAGGAGCCUCGUCGGGUUCUUCCAUAGCAGCGAUGUCGCCACCCUGAAGUUAAAACUCAAACAAGAGCAAAUGGGCACAGCUCAACACAAGUUGACCCAGGAUGUAGCUGUUAGAAGAAAUAGUUCUUACUAUAUGAUCAAACACCUCCUUGAGCAGCGGUGGCCUGUAACCGCAACAUUCUCAGAACCAGAGGUCACCAAAGCAACAAAACACUACCUGAAUAUGAAAGCUGACCAGUGGAGCCUUCUGGAGAAGCUACAGCAAGCACUUGAGCCAUUCAAGCAAGCCACCGUCUUCCUGAGUGGAGAGGCAUACGUCACAGUUUCUGUCCUGCCUCUGCUGGUAAAAGGCCUACAGAAGUUCACCCAGACAGACUUUGAGCCUGCUGCCAUCGCCACCUUCCAAACAACAGUCGCAGUAGAGAUUGCUUCAAGAUGGAAGAAGGAGACUACAUAUGAUGAAGACGGGGACAAUGUGGGCAUCUUCGCCACGGCCCUUGAUCUGAGAUUCCGCAAACUCAAGUUCCUGUCCACAGACGACAUCCUGAAGUUGAAAAUCAAACUUCAGACCCUUGCACUUGAAGCCAGAUGAGUGCAAGUGAGGGAAGAGCCUGGAGAAGAUGACUCCCCAAGUGGCCAGCCAGAUCACUUUACACAGAAGCCAAAGUCUGUUCUGGACACGUUGCUUGGCACAGAUGAUGAGGAGGAGCUGGAAGAUGAAGAGCCAGGCCAAGACCAGAGAGAAGAUGCUGUCAGGAAUGAGCUGCUUGUGUACUUUGGUGAGAAACCCAUUCCAAAGGACAAAAACCCACUCCAUUGGUGGAAGGAAAAUGAAACCAAGUUCCCCGCUCUGGCUCAUCCACACCUUCUGAAUGUCUGUUCUCCGCAGCAGGGACUAUCUUGAGCAAAAAAAGAGCAAGCCUUACCAAAGAGCACGUGGACAUGCUCACAUUCCUCCACAGUAAUUCAGAGUAGGUAGGUAGUGUAGAAGAGGAGUAACAACUGUUGAUGGAUGAGGGAGGAGAGAAGCGGAGGAAAGUGGACAGUUCUAUAUUACACGCACUUCAUUAACAUAUAAGCUUACAGGUAGCAGUUAAGAGAGUCAGUUUGAUUGUGCAUCAGGUUUUAUGUUGGGACUGUUUAUUGUGUUAAACACACAGGAGUGUCUGUUCUGUACUGUGCACUGCACAAUGUUUGUUUUUGCACUGAAUUUUUUAUGUUUUGUACAGGAGAGAUUUAUGUUUGGACUGUAAAAAGAAAACAGGAAUUUUAUAUUGUGUUAAACUCUCAGGAGGAAUGUCUAUACUGUGCACUGCACAGUGUUUUUGUUUCGCACUACUCUUUUGAAUUUUUUUUUGAACAAGAGUUAUGUUGGUACUGUAAAAAAGUAAACAGGCUGUAUAACAAUAAAAUAAUUUUAUUUAUUUUA